CCGGCGGGGGGAGGCGCAGGCAGGGGGGGGCCGGCCAGGGACGGGCUGGGGAGGGGGGGCCGCGCAGCCCCCCCGGGCCAUGCUGACUCCCGGGGCCUGACCCCCCCGGGCCAGCCCCCCCUCCCCCAGCUCCGCGGCCCGCCGACUGGGGGGGGCCCAGCCCAGCCCCCUGGGGACCCCCGGAGAGGUGGGGGGCAGCCGGGGGGGCCGGGACGGAGCGGUCGCCGGCCCCCACCGGAGGGACGGGGCGACCGGCCGCAAGGGGGGCGGCCGGGGGGCCGGUCGGGCCGGGACCAAGGGCAUCAUGUCGUCCGGGGGCAAGGAGGGGGGCGGGGGCUCCCCUGCCUACCACCUCCCGCACGCACACCCACACCCACCCCAGCACGCCCAAUAUGUGGGCCCCUAUCGGCUGGAGAAGACGCUGGGCAAAGGACAGACAGGUCUGGUUAAACUCGGGGUCCACUGCAUCACGGGCCAGAAGGUUGCCAUCAAGAUCGUGAACCGGGAGAAGCUGUCCGAGUCGGUGCUGAUGAAGGUGGAGCGGGAGAUUGCCAUCCUGAAGCUCAUUGAGCACCCACAUGUCCUCAAGCUCCACGACGUCUACGAGAACAAGAAAUAUUUGUACCUGGUUCUGGAGCACGUGUCUGGAGGUGAGCUGUUCGACUACCUGGUAAAGAAGGGGAGACUGACCCCCAAGGAGGCCCGGAAGUUCUUCCGCCAGAUCGUGUCGGCGCUGGACUUCUGCCACAGCUACUCCAUCUGCCACAGAGACCUGAAGCCUGAGAACCUGCUUCUGGACGAGAAAAACAACAUUCGCAUCGCGGACUUCGGCAUGGCGUCCCUGCAGGUGGGGGACAGCCUCCUGGAGACCAGCUGUGGGUCCCCUCACUAUGCAUGCCCAGAGGUGAUUAAGGGGGAAAAGUACGAUGGCCGCCGGGCGGACAUGUGGAGCUGUGGAGUCAUCCUGUUCGCCCUGCUUGUGGGGGCUCUGCCCUUCGACGAUGACAACCUCCGCCAGCUGCUGGAGAAGGUGAAACGAGGCGUCUUCCACAUGCCCCACUUCAUUCCUCCAGACUGCCAGAGCCUCCUGAGGGGGAUGAUCGAAGUGGAGCCGGAGAAAAGGCUCAGCCUGGAGCAAAUUCAGAAACAUCCCUGGUACCUGGGCGGGAAACACGAACCAGACCCGUGCCUGGAGCCAACCCCAGGCCGCCGGGUGGCCAUGCGGAGCCUGCCAUCAAACGGAGAGCUGGACCCUGAUGUCCUGGAGAGCAUGGCUUCACUGGGUUGCUUCAGGGACCGCGAACGGCUGCAUCGCGAGCUCCGCAGCGAGGAGGAGAACCAAGAAAAGAUGAUAUAUUAUCUGCUUUUGGAUCGGAAGGAGCGGUAUCCCAGCUGUGAGGACCAGGACCUACCUCCUCGGAAUGAUGUUGACCCACCCCGGAAGCGUGUGGAUUCCCCCAUGCUGAGCCGUCAUGGGAAGCGGCGGCCAGAGCGGAAGUCCAUGGAAGUCCUGAGCAUCACGGAUGCCGGGGGUGGUGGCUCCCCGGUGCCCACCCGACGGGCCCUGGAGAUGGCCCAGCACAGCCAGAGAUCCCGUAGUGUCAGUGGAGCCUCCACUGGUCUGUCAUCCAGCCCUCUGAGCAGCCCAAGGAGUCCGGUCUUUUCCUUCUCACCGGAGCCCGCUGGAGAUGAGGCCCGGGGUGGGGGCUCACCGACUUCCAAAACGCAGACGCUGCCUUCUCGGGGCCCCAGGGGUGGGGGCGCCGGGGAGCAGCCCCCUCCCCCCAGUGCCCGCUCCACACCCCUGCCCGGCCCCCCAGGCUCCCCACGCUCCUCCGGGGGGACCCCCUUGCACUCGCCCCUGCACACGCCCCGGGCCAGCCCCACUGGGACCCCAGGGACAACGCCGCCCCCCAGCCCCGGCGGUGGCGUCGGGGGAGCCGCCUGGAGGAGUCGUCUCAACUCCAUACGCAACAGCUUCCUGGGCUCCCCACGCUUUCACCGGCGCAAGAUGCAGGUCCCCACUGCCGAGGAGAUGUCCAGUUUGACGCCAGAGUCCUCUCCAGAGCUGGCAAAACGCUCCUGGUUCGGGAACUUCAUAUCCUUGGACAAAGAAGAACAAAUAUUCCUCGUGCUAAAGGAUAAACCUCUCAGCAGCAUCAAAGCGGACAUUGUCCAUGCCUUCCUGUCGAUCCCCAGCCUGAGUCAUAGUGUGCUGUCACAGACCAGCUUCAGGGCUGAGUAUAAGGCCAGUGGUGGCCCCUCCGUCUUCCAGAAGCCUGUCCGCUUCCAGGUGGACAUCAGCUCCUCUGAGGGUCCAGAGCCCUCCCCCCGGCGGGACGGCAGCGGUGGUGGUGGCAUCUACUCUGUCACCUUUACUCUCAUCUCCGGUCCCAGCCGUCGGUUCAAGCGGGUUGUAGAGACCAUCCAGGCUCAGCUGCUGAGCACUCAUGACCAGCCCUCCGUGCAGGCCCUGGCAGAUGCUCAGACUCUUCUGACCCCGCUGGGCCUGGCUUUCAAGGACUUGGGCGUCCCCCCGGGCGCGGGCGAGGUCUGUGCUCCAGGGGGAAGGGGCUUCCCUUCACCCAACAGCCCCGGUCUUCGGGAGCAGAAUUCCCUAUCAGCCAGGGAUCAGUGAGGCCAGGGUCACAAACAACAAACUCCAUAGUUCAAACAACAUCAAUUUAUUAUCAUACAGUCCUGGAGAUCAGAGGUCCCGCACAGGCUAAGCAGGCUAACACCAAGGCACCUGGAGGGAGGGCCUCAGUAGUAGGGAGCUGGAGAAACUCUGCCUUCUGUUAGUCUGGUUCCCCAGGGCAACCAGAAGUGAGGAAGGCCCCCUGAACCUCUCCAGACCCGGUUGCCAAGGAAAGCUGGCCUUGACAACCAGAGUUCCUAAAAGGGCAUGCAUUCAUGUAGGACCCACAGACACCCAGGGCCCGAGCCACAUGCCUUAUAAGGGGAAUGGGGCAAUGGGGGACCUCCAUUGGUUGCUAUGGCAACAAGGCCUCCAGCAAUCAGUGUCUCUUAAGGGGCUGGCCUCUGCUACAGGUACUAUUUUGGGCCCUAAAGAAACUACUGCAUGGCUGCUGGCAACCAGCACUGCCACCGCAGUCCCCUAAUCUGGGGCAGUGAGGCCCUACAGAAAGAUAACCGCAGUCAUGCAGGCCCAGCUGGGAGGGCCCGAGACCCCCAAACCAUCUGCUGUGGGCUCCGCUGGGCCCCAUUAACAACCAGUGGAAAGUAAUGGGGCCCUUUGGCCAUGAUCGGGGAACUCAGACGGUGCUGUAACCAGAGUCUCUGAGGAUGUCUCCUGAGCUGGGCCAGCCAGGUCUCACUGGGGCAUGGCCUGGCUUCCAAAGCCUUAGGUUUGGGGGUGCCUGGGACACGUGCCUUGUUGGUCUAGGGAAGCCAGGCCUAGUUGCUGGCGUGUGUGACCCCUGGCAGCCACCUCCCCUGCUGGAGCACAUCCCUGGGCUCGGUACCCCUGGGGUU